AUGAAGAGAAUAAAUGAAAAAGGAAUUGGUGAUAUCAUUAAUGUCAGCGAUGUAAUGAUGAAAAGAAAUUUUGACUCAUUAUUUACAAAACCGAAAACAGAAUAUAGUCUUUAUGACGUAAUUACCGAAUUAAUGAAAAAGAUUAAUGAUAAUAAGAGUUCUGGCGGAAGAGUUGAAUUAGAAGUGAAUGAUGUUAAUGAGAAAUUAGCCGAAAAAGCAGACAAAAAUGAGCUUUUAGCUCUGAGUGAUAAAGUCAAGAACCACGUUCAUUAUAUAACUUCAGACGAACAGAUUAUAACGGACUACCAUGGAUAUUUAACACAGGAUGAACAAAUAAGCACUGAAGAUGUUAAUGAAAGAAGA